AUGCCUCCCUCGGCUAUAAAGUCAACACACCAAAUAAAAUCAAAACGCGCACAACGACAAACAGCUAACAACCCUAAUUAUUAUGAACCAGAAUCCUCUGAAGGAGAGACAGAAGAUUAUGAUAUGAUACAGGACGAUUCUGCCUAUGAUGGUGGUGAUAACGAGUAUGUAGACUAUAUGAACUACGAAGAAGACGACGGGAGAGAAGGCGAGAGGGAGGACGAGGAAGAAGAUGGUCGUUAUAUUGAUAAACCUGACAGAAAGAAGAAGCACAGAGCAACAUCCAGCGAAUUCCAUAGCGAGAUUAACGAACGAUUAUAUAAAAUGAACAUGCAAUUAGAAAAUGACAAAGACAUACUUUAUCAACAAUAUUUAGAACAAUUUGAUAAGGAACUUAAAGAAAUACAGGAUGGUACAAAUUCAGACUUUGAAGAACGUUUACAAGAACUGAUCGAACUUCGGGACGACACUAUUCUGAAAGCUGAAUUAUACCGAGAAUAUCUGCUAGAUUGCGUAAAACGUAUGUAUGAGGCGGAAGCUAGCCAGGCCGAAGAGGAUUAUUCGACGGAGAAGCAAGGCCUAAAAGAAAAAAUGUUGGCUGAGGUCGAAGAACGAAGACGAAAAUUAAAGGAAGAUAAGGAUUCAUAUGACCUCUUACAUGACGUGACAGUGGAGACAGCACCACGCCAACACUCGCAAAGGAAGCUUCGUGGCACAAAAGCCAAAGAUGAAGUGGAGCCGAAAACAAAGCGUUCUAAAGUAGCAGGUCCUUUAGUGACUGCCAGGCUGACAGAUAGGGAGAUUGAAGAGGAUCUACUGGAAAUGACUAAGGCAUACUCGUCCUCUUCGAAGAAAUUGGGUUAUUCUCAUAAGAAGAAAUAG